GCCCCGCGGCCUCAUGGAGGCCAGGCCCGGCGCGGGCGGCGCGGAGGCCGGAGAGGUUCCUUUGCUGCUGGCUGAGCUGAAGCCAGGGCGCCCGCACCAGUUUGAUUGGAAAUCCAGUUGUGAGACCUGGAGUGUUGCUUUUUCCCCUGAUGGUUCCUGGUUUGCCUGGUCUCAAGGACACUGUAUUGUUAAGCUGAUUCCAUGGCCCCUUGAGGAACAGUUCAUCCCCAGAGGGUUUGAGCCUAAAAGCCGAAGCAGCAAAACAGAUCCCAAGGGGCGAGGCAGUCCAAAGGAGAAGACGCUGGACUGUGGUCAGAUUGUGUGGGGUUUGGCCUUCAGCCCGUGGCCGUCACCACCCAGUAGGAAGCUCUGGGCACGAGUCUGCCCCCAAGCACUGGAUUUCUCUUGCCUUAUUCUUGCUACAGGACUCAAUGACGGGCAGAUCAAAAUUUGGGAGGUGCAGACAGGGCGACUGCUUUUGAAUCUGUCUGGCCACCAGGAUGUGGUGAGAGAUCUGAGCUUCACGCCCAGUGGGAACUUGAUUUUGGUUUCUGCAUCACGGGAUAAAACUCUUCGAAUUUGGGACCUAAAUAAAGAUGGCAAACAGAUCCAGGUGCUGUCUGGCCAUCUGCAGUGGGUUUAUUGCUGUUCCAUCUCCCCAGACUGCAGCAUGCUGUGUUCUGCAGCAGGAGAGAAGUCUGUUCUUCUCUGGAGCAUGCGGUCCUACACAUUAAUCAGGAAGCUGGAGGGGCAUCAGAGCAGUGUGGUUUCUUGUGACUUCUCCCCUGACUCUGCCCUGCUUGUCACAGCUUCCUAUGACACCAGUGUCAUCAUGUGGGAUCCCUACACUGGAGAGAAACUGAGGACCCUUCAGCAUGUGUUAGACUCUCAGUUGGAUUAUACCCGUGAUGUCCACGCCAGCUCGCUGAGAUCAGUGCGCUUCUCUCCAGAAGGCUUAUACCUUGCUACAGUGGCAGAUGACAGACUGCUCAGGAUCUGGGCUUUGGAACUGAGAACUCCAGUUGCAUUCGCUCCUAUGACCAAUGGUCUUUGCUGCACAUUUUUUCCACAUGGUGGAAUUAUUGCCACGGGGACAAGAGAUGGCCACGUCCAGUUCUGGACAGCACCCAGGGUCCUAUCAUCACUGAAGCACUUAUGUCGGAAAGCCCUUCGGAGUUUCCUCACAACUUACCAAGUCUUAGCACUGCCAAUACCCAAGAAAAUGAAAGAGUUUCUCACAUACAGGACCUUCUGAGCCAGGCCCCUCGGCUCUGCUCAAAAGACAGAAAGAGAACCUCCUAGUAACAGGAUUAACCUUUCUGGCAAAGGUGGUGCUGAAGUCAUAGAAUGGAAGCAAGAUGGGCUUAUAAACUGUGAUUCCUCUUCAAGCAGAAUUGUUUUGGAUUGUAAACAUGCAGUUGAUAGACUGUAGCAGGGAAAAAAGAUCCUGGUGGACUGGUCAGUGACCUUUUUAUCCAUAAUGUUCGAAAUUAGAGGAGGCGGUUCUAUUGCCAUGGCUCCAGAGCCUUAGUUUAAGUUGUCUACUUAUUAACAGCACAGUUUAAUUCUCUCUGUGUCUUGAUUUGAAGUGCAGUUAAUAAUGUUGUUUUGUUUGUAAAAGUAACUGGGCCUUGAGCUCUCUUUAGUGAUAAAGUAAAGAUAAUCUCCCUCAUUGGGAAAUUGGACUGCUGCCCAACACUUGUCUCAGCUGAAUCCUUAAAAGCAGUGGUAGCUAAACAUUUCAAUUGUCCUCUUGCUCUUGGUUCAGAGUAUCAGGGACCAUGCCUUUGUUUAGCCAAGUGCAAAUACUUUUAAUUUAUAAAGUCAAGUUUGUCAUUGUUUUUCCUCUGCUUUUGACUUUGACAAACAAGACAGGGGUGGGGGGGGGGGGGGGGGGGGGGGGGGGGUGGUCCUUGGGUAUGAGUGAUCAUCAGAGCUUAGCUGAAUGAACAGGCUAUUUAAAUCAAAGGGUGUGGUGUGGACUGAUGAAGACAUCAUAAUUGGCUUUUAAAAUGGUGGUGUGCAUGUAAAGGAGGAAACGGUGUUAAGAUUACAGUAAGGGUGCAUUUCUAAUUGCAUGACUCUUGUCCUUGCUACUGGUUUUUCCGUGGUUUACCAUUAACAACAUAUUUAUUUGUGCUUUCUGAACAUAAGUUGUUUAAGGUACAAUUUUGUGUUUCUCAAUGGUAGAUGAAAACCAUGACAUAACCGCAACAGCUGUACAUCAAACUUCAUAGCUGUAUGGAGGCAUCUGGUUUUUCAUUGUUUCAACUGGUAUUUUUAUGAUAUAUGUAUGAGAUCAGUCUUUGCUGCUUAACUCAAUUUCCAACCCUGCCUCCCCAAAUGAAAAUAACUUUGAGGUUCAGGUUUUUCCUCCAAUCAGUUAAUCAAUAAACAGUAAGCACCUGCUAUGUGCCAGGCAGUCCCUGCCCUCAAGGAGCUUACAACCUAAUCUAAUCCUUGAUUCCAAAUUCUUCAAGACCUUUUAAACUGUAAUAUUUGCAUUUCUUUUUAAGGAAAUGACACAUUGUUUUCCUUAGACCCACCAUUUUAUCUGUAUUCAUUGUUUCGGUAGAAUGCUGGCAUACUACUACAUUAGUCUCUUUAGGGCCCUUUCAUCAGAGGGAUGGACCAUUAAUGCCUAGUUUGGAGGAGAGAGUACAGCCUCAAGUCGAGAGACCUGGGAUCAUAUUCUGCCUCUGACACUGUGUGGUCCAUGUGGCCUUGGGCUCACUUCACCUCCUGGGGUCUCGGUUUCCUCCUCUCCUAGAAGAGAAGUCCUCUGAGAGCCUUUCUGCUCCAGAUCUGUGAUGUGGGAAACAUGACUGCUGAGAGAGGGAAGCGAAGCCACGGCUUUAUUGUGUGGGGAAUCAUGAAAAAAAAAAAGGUUUAUUUUAAACAGGGGUGAUGUUUCUAUCCUGCCAUCCAAGGACCCAAGUAUAUUCAUCACCUCCCAAGAGGCUUCAGUACUUCAUGGAGCUGCAUUGAUCUUCCUGCCACCAGCACUAACUGGUACCCCUUCUGCAGCUUCGUGGAGGGGCUGACAAGCUCUCCAAGAGCGGGGCUUGUGCCCUGCGGCACAGUCACCUUCAUACUGUGAUGAGGCAUAAGAGGAAGAUAGUGGAGGCCACUUCCUAAGUAGUCUUAAUAAAACGGGAAGCCCUUAUUUCACAGAAUGUAUCGUGAGAGGCUUUACUAGGUAGGGAGUACAAAGUGGAAUCGACACUUCCCCCUCCCCUGUGGCUUCUGAUGAGGAAUCACGGAAUUUCUUUUGGCUGACAAAGAAUUGAUUCCAUCUUCUAUCUGUUGAAAGUUUAUGCUACCAAAGUUCACAAGAUCUAAGACCCUUCUAUUAAGGACCCAAGUCAACAUCCACUGUUGAGUUAAGGAGAACUUUUAUCAAUAAGUGAGCCAUCUAAUUUACUAAUUCCUUAGAAUAUGAAAUGCAGCAAGAUUAUCAUUGAAGCAGUAUCUUGAGCACGUAAGACUAAAAUUUAUGUGACUAAUAUUUCAGGUGUCCCAUGUUCACAAGUGAUCUUCAUACAGCCACUGGUACCAUGAGGAAUAAUGUAAACACCAGUUGUAUUUUAAAUCCUUUUCCUUCCUUUCUACACUACAAUUAGGAAGCUGCUUGUGACUUUUACGAUUCAAGGAUGAGAAAUAAAAGUCAGUUUUUUUAAAGUCA